GUGUAGAGGAUGGAUAGCUACUUAAGUUUUAGUGCUUAACUGUGGAUGUACUGCGUUUCCAAAAAAUAAGGAGGGGGUGAAUUGGAUUACAUAACGCAUUGAAAGGCGAUCGGUGAUAGAGCCCGAAAAAAGUUUGCAAUUGCUGCGAUGUGAGAAACAUCACUAUACCUAGACGACGAUGCUACGAAACUAUGCCAUUUUUCAAAUGCUAAAUUGUACUAUAUUGUGCUAUAGUAUAAUUCUUUCUCAGCCUAGAAGGUAUAUUGAUAAGAGGGUAUGUUGUGUAUAAAGUCACACAUACCGCCAAUCUUAAAAUCUAAGCUUCACUCUAAUUAACGCCCCCUCCCCUUUACGAGUAGGAAUAACAAAUUAAAGAAAUGACAACUUAGUAAUACAAGUUAGCUGCAGAACGAUGACGCGCAUAGCUUUCAAGUUUUUAUUGUUUUGGAAUUUUUUUGUUCCUGUGCUAAAUGCAUGUACAGAUCGCACUCCUCUGGGAAUGGCAAAUGGAUUAAUCACUUCCCGUCAAUUAUCAAGUAGUUCAACAUAUACUAGUGGAAGUAUUGUUUUUUUACCGUCGCGUGGAAGACUUUAUUCUUCAGGAACAUGGUGUAGUCGUCAAGGAAAUUAUCAACCAGAAUGGUUUCAGGUUUCUUUUUAUAAUCAAACAAUAAUCAAUGGAAUUGCUAUCCAAGGUGAUCCAAAUUAUGCUCCAAAUUUUAUAAUGGAAUUUACACUAGAAUUCUCAAACAAUGGGAAAGAUUGGGCGGUUUUUCACAACGACAAAAAAUUCACAGGAAAUUAUGACAAUACCAAUGUGGCUUACAACUGGUUUUCAAUGUCGAUGGUAGCAAAACAUAUUCGUUUGUACGCAACACGUGUAUAUAGAUCCGAUUUUAACGCUUACACAUGUUUGCGAAUGGAACUUUAUGGUUGCUUAGAGAAUGAAAUACUCUUACCACUUGGUAUGUCAAGCGGUAUCAUUAAGGAUUCACAAUUAAAGUGGUACAAUGGACGCAAUGCGAAAGCAGCGAGAUUAUUUGUUGCUGGAGAGGGGAUGAUUCUAGAACGUAGCAAUAUGUAUUUGCAAAUUGAUUUGAUAAAAUCAAAAACAGUUACUGGCAUAUCCAUGCAAGGUUCUUACAAAAAAUGGAAUAAACAGUUUGUGAAAAAAUAUAUAGUAAGUUAUUCAAACGACAGUGACAACUUUACACAGUUACAGCAGAAUUUUUUGGAGAAUACAGAUUUGGGUGCUGUUUUUAUUUCCAUAUCGCAGCCCACAACAAUGAAAUAUAUUAGAAUAACAGCAAUAACUUGUGAAAAGAACUGUGGUAUGAAGGUUGAAGUUUAUGGUUAUGACCCAGAAUGCUCACAAACGUUGACAGAUUUGAAUAUAUCAAAAAAAGAUGGUUCAUCUGUAACUAAUGUAACUAUUGACACUCAAGCCGCAUGGUGUGCAACUGAUGCUUCUGAUUAUAUACAUAUUAAAUUUAACAAACAACUAGCAAUCUCUGGAAUAAUUUUACAAGGAGACUCAAAUGAGGAUGGUUGGGUGGAGACAUAUACAAUAAACUAUGGCGUAUCCACAAACAGAGAAGUCAAGAAUUUAAUUGGAGUUAAUUCACGCAUAUCUCCAUUAUCUGUCAACUGGUUAAAUCCUUACAUUGUUACAAAUUACUUACGCAUAUUACCAACAUCAUGCAAGAAUAAUAAAUGCUGUUUGAGAUUUCAAUUAAAAGGAUGUCCCUUAGUUCUAGAAAAGCCGCAAACAAUAAAUGGAAACAUGUUGUCUUCAACUAUCACAUUUACUUGGAAAGCACCAUAUUCUCAUCCUCUCCCUGUCGACAAAUAUCAUCUUAUCAUAUCAGCAUCUAAGAAUUAUCCACACAAGCCAUUCUUUCAAACCAUCAACACUACAACAUCAAAUUUAAAGUAUAGUGUUUCAAUUAUAAGCUUCGCUGCUGCUAACGUACAGAUUAAUAUUACAGCAGAUAUUCAAGGUGUAAUGACAUCAGCUGAACCAUUUAACUUUGUAGUGCAACCCAAAGUACACGUACAUAAAAGCAAUCAAGGAUAUCAUUUGGUCUAUCUUUUCUUAGAUCCACCAUCACCUGGGUUAGAUAAAAGAGAUAUUUCUAAUAAAACAAACAACGCAACCAUUGUCACAUUGACUUCUUCAUCAGAUAGAAAUGGACCAAUCAGCUACUAUGAAAUUGUGAUAUCAACCUCCUCAACGGCCAACCUACCAAACCAGCUAAAAAGUCAAGCCGAAUCAGAAUUGAAGAAUCUCGAUUAUUUUCUUGCUGCUACUGUUAAAACUGAUGAUUUGUUAAGUAACAGUAUCCAAUACACUUUUGUUGAGGGAAAAGAAUACAUUGCUAGUUUAAAUGCAAGAAUAUCAGCUGUUGGAACAUAUUACUUGUAUGCUCGAGCUGUCAUAGAUGGAAAGGAUAUUGCAAGCUAUGGUUUUAACAACGUUAAUUAUUUUGGGCAUUUAUCUAAAGAGAUUAUAAUUGAGCGCAAUGCCUUAGGAAAAAUUGUGCCUGAGAUUGUGAACAGUACAAAGACAUCCGUUAUGUUGGUGAAAGGACCUGCUACUUUAAAAUAUCAUUAUAUUAUAAUCAUGAAGGUGAACAAAACAACUGCGCAUGUGAAAGAACCAACAUUGUACAAACAGAAGGAGUUAAAGACAUAUGAAACAGCUGAUUAUAAUGAACCUUACAUAGCUGGCAUAUUCAACAAAACACAGUUAUUAAAAUUGGAGGAAUUUAUUUUAGGUGAUAAUUCAACGUACUUAAAAUCAGCAGAUACUCUUCGAAGAAGAAGGUCCAUACAAGAGUACAGAAAUGGACCGUUGACUGCGGGUGAAAUAUAUGUCGUAUUUCAAAGACUUCAAGUGAUGGAUGUACUUUAUUCUACAGCAUGGUCAAAGAAAUUUAUUGUGCCCAAAAUUGAUCCAACUCCAAAAGUUGAAAACAACAAUGAUCCAUCUUCAUCAUCCAAUAUAGAAUUAAUAGUAGGUGUUGUUGCUGCUGGUGUUGUUGUGGUGAUUGUAAUGAUCCUUGUUCUCAUUUUCGUUAGAAGACGGCGUAAAACGUUAAAGGACAAAUCUGUCAAUGAUAAAUCGACUUCCGCUAUUGAAUUAAAAGGCCAUUAUGAAUUAAAAUCACAUAAUAACGGUUAUGAAAAAGAAGAUGCAGGACCGUCACAUGAAUCUUACUACAAUGUUGCAGCAAAACCUAGAUUCCCACCUCUUUCCCUUCAAGAUUUUUUGUCAUUUUAUUUGGAACACAAUGAUAACGUCAGUUCUGAUAUCGUAAAGCAAUUUAAAAGUAUUCCAUUGGAACAUUUAUAUCACAAUGAAGUAGGAUCAGAACCUGAAAAUAAAGAUAAAAAUCGUUACUUGAACAUCACAGCGUACGACCAUACUCGUGUUGUCUUGCAGAAAAUUAAUGGUAAAGAGACUAGUGAUUACAUUAAUGCAAACUAUAUUCGGAACUAUAAUGGACAAGUUGAAUAUAUUGCUGCUCAAGGACCAAAAAAGGGAACAAUUUUUGAUUUUUGGCGAAUGGUACUUGGUGAAAAACCUUCAGCUAUUGUCAUGCUUACAAAGAUAUCAGAAGAGGGCAAACGAAAGUGUGAGCAGUAUUGGCCAAUAAAUAAUGGAAAAGAGGUUUUCAAUGGCAUUGCAGUGGAAGUGAUUGAUGUACAAGUAUAUGCUGACUAUGUAAUUCGUAAAAUAAAAGUGUGCUACGAAAAUAAUAAGCAUCAGAUUACGCAUUUUCACUUUACGUCGUGGCCUCACCACGGUUGUCCAGAUUACCCAACGUUGCUGCUAAAUUUUUGCUAUCGGGUGAGACAGCUUAUCCCAUAUGAAAGUGGGAAGCAACUUCUUGUGCAUUGUAGUGCUGGUGUUGGUAGGACUGGAUCAUACAUCAUCAUUGACGCAAUGCUGCACUUGGUUAGAACAAAGCAGCUUGUUGAUAUAUACAACUACUUUGAAAGUAUUCGAGAAGAUCGUGUGCAAAUAGUACAAAAAAUUGAACAGUACAAAUUUGUUUACAGUGCUAUUUACGAAGCGCUAUGCUGUGGUAACACUGGAAUAAUGUCAUCAGAAUUUCAAACCACUUCCCGAGAAUUAAUAUCAAAAAAGCGUAAUGGAAAGUUUCUUCUGGAAAAUGAAUUUGAGAGGUUAAACAGCGUUAAUAUACCUUUUCGUGAAGAAAAUUAUAAAGCUGCUUUGUUAGAGAAAAAUGCUGCGAAAAACCGAUAUCCAAAUAUACUAGCAAGUGAUUUGUUUCGAGUGUAUGUGCCGCAAACCACAAAUUCUACCGAUUAUAUCAACGCUGUCUUUGUUAAUGGUUACAAAAAGAAAGAUGGUAUAAUAGCUACGCAAGCACCAUUAGUUGACACAUUGGGUGAUUUUUGGGAGGCUGUCAUGGCAAACAAUGUGACAACAAUUGUAAUGUUAAAUAGCACUGAUGAGAAUUAUCAAACCUAUCCAUCUUUUUGUCCAGUUGAGGGAUCGGAAAAAUUUGGCAAUCUCACAGUGAAUGUUGAAUCAAGCACUCGUGUUGGUGAUAUCAAUUUACAGUCCUUUAUUAUAUCAAACAAAAAGAAUCAUCGUAAAGUUAAUAAAUUGCAAUUAAAUUGGCCAAACCAUGAUAUUCCUGAUUGUAGUUCUUUGCUGACUUUAAUUGGUGAAGUUUUAAAGUCGCAACAAUCUUAUGGAGAUGGCACCAUAUUGGUUACCUGCAGUGAUGGUGCAAAUCGUAGUGGAACUUUCAUAGCGUGUAUGAAUGCAUUGGAUCAGCUGAAAGUUGAACAACAUGUUGAUAUUUUUCAAACUGUACGAAGAAUGAGAUUAGUCAGGCCUGAGUUUGUUGAAAACAUACGACAGUAUCAGUUUGUUUACACCGUUUUAAACAAAUACUUGGAUUCGUUUGCAACGUACUCCAACUUCAAUUAAUUCUCAAAACACAUGCAUUGCUUCAGAAAGACGACAUUACCGUAACAAAUUGACUAAUGAUGCGCCUUAUCUUCAUUUAAUAAUUAUGUUUCUUUUGGAACUUUUCGUAAAGCUUAAGCUCUACAUAAUUAUCAAAAUUUCGGGACUGCUUCCUCAAAAUGUUAUUCAUAGAUUCUGCAUAGUUUGAAAGGCAUAUACUUGCAAAAUGUUAUGGAAUUGUUCACAUGAACGGUCCUUUAUAAUUAGCACUUUUUGAGGGGUGUCAAUUAAUAAUUUCUUCCUUUCAGUUUUUUUCAACAGGAAGGAGCACUCAUUCGAAUUUAGCCUUAUUUUAAGUUUGCGAAGUUUACACAAUUCUUUAUAUUAGCUACACAAAGUUUGAGCGGAAGUUUAAAGUUCAUAGUUUCUGUCUUCUGCAGAAUCAACUGUUGGUUACAUAUUCUCCAAAAUUGUUUCUGCUUAUCAUUUUUUGAGAAACAUUUACUUUUAGUUUUUGAACAUAGUUUGUUUUGUUCAUUUACAAUCUCCGUUUCUGCCUUUUUUAUUCGCUUUUAGCUGAGCUUAAUCACAGAAACAGUUCUGUUUAAAAGAAUUUGAUGUUUUUUUUCGUUAAAAAAGGGUAACGGGUAACUAAGGAUUUAUUCGUAUUAAAAUUGCGCAUUUUGGUAAAUAAUUUUGAGUUGUUCUUUGUUGUAGUAAUUAGUUGUUAUUAUUUAAACAUUUUUGGUGUAAUAAAGAGGUGUCGGAACCAAUUCUUGGGAUAUGAAAUUUUUGUUUUUGUCAAAGUUUCAGAACUGGUUUAAUUGGAGGGUUUUAUCAAACAAAAAUGUCUAGAUCCUUUCUUGUAGCUAUUACAUGUUUUGUUUUGCACGCCUUUGGCUUUAAUGAGUCAUGGGUUAUCCCAUUUUAUCGGUAUACCAGAACAGAUUAUCGCAUUGCCCAGAUUGGUAAUUUGAAAUUUAUCCAUUUCUAUUUUCAGAUUAUUUUUAAUUUUAUAUUUAAAAUUUUUGAUACGUAUUUUAAUAUUCUUUUUUGUAUUUGCUAAGAAUGUACCUAGAUUUACAUUGUUUGUACAAACUUUGAUACUACAGACAGCCGCCGCUUAACUCGAACAUACAAGAUAAAAAUGUCGUAUAAUCCUGAGUGCUCAACAAGUAUUUGAAAACGAAAUCUUGUGUUGACAAAAGGUGAAAGACGAAAAAUAACAAGCUUGGAAAUUUUCCAUCGAUAACAUUUAAAAGGCUUUAAAAAAUUGGCUUAUCAUUGAGAACGGGAAUGUUUUGAGUUGUUUGGUAUUCGAUUAAAGCAGCGGUUACUUUAAGCUAUAAUUUUGUAAAAUGCACACAUUCAGGAAUAAAUUUUUUUCAGGAAGAGCAGUUUACUACAACUGCAGUUUAAUUUAAAUUACAACGGUA